AUGGGCCGGAAGAAAUCUAAUUUCGUCUAUAAAUAUUUUAUAUAUGAUGAACAUCAAAAACAUUCCACAUGUACUGUCAAUGACUGUGGUGCAGUUAUAAAGGAUAAUCAUGGAACAAAUUUAUUAAAACAUAUGAAGAAGCAUCCUGUGCAAUAUAAGCUUAUACUUCAAGAGAAUAGCGCAGAAAGUGAAGAACACGUCGAAGGAAAUAGAAAGAAAAAAUCCAACCAAGAUUUCGAAAUUAAAGUGAUGGAUGAAUGUAUAAAUUUAGUAACGACAUGUGGGAGACCGCUAACUUUGAUUGACGACAAACCUUUCCAAAAGAUAUUGGAUAUGGCAAAGGCAGGAUGCUCACAUAGUCCCAUAAACUCUCACAAAAUUCGUGAAGCCACCCAAAACAAAGCUGACAAUUUGUGUGAUGAUAUUGCUUCAAAGAUUAAAAAAAAAACUUAUAAGUCUUAA